AUGUCAGAACGGAAAGCUAUCAACAAGUAUUACCCGCCUAAUUACAACCCAUUGGAGGCCGAAAGGGCGGCGCGGAAGUUUUCCAAAAAAUUAAAAACAAUGAAUAAAGAUGCUGUAACGAUUCGACUGAUGACCCCGUUCAGUAUGCGAUGCGUCAAAUGCAGUGAGUUCAUACCAAAGAGUCGCAAAUUUAAUGGCAAAAAGGAAUCGCUGCCUGAGAAAUAUUUGGACACUGUUAAAGUCUAUCGACUCAGUAUCAAAUGUCCUCGUUGCAACAGUUUGAUUUCGUUCCGUACCGACCCCAAGACUGGUGACUAUGUUAUGGAAGUUGGAGGAGUACGAAAUUUCGUACGUGAACCCACGGCGGACGGUGUUCCUACGGAUGAAACACUGGACGAAACUUUGGAACGACUUGAAAAGGAGCAACAACGACAAAACGAAAUGUUGAAAAACGAACCUGCUGAAGAUCGAUUGCAACAGUUGGAAGCGCGGUUGUCCAAAUUGCAAAAAGAACAGCAAGACUAUGAGGAAUUGGAAAAUUUACGUCGACAAAAUGUCCUGAAAAUGCAACGUGCCGAGAGUGCCGCAAGCGUCGCGACCGACGCGACCGACGCUGCUACCCACGACGAAAUAACGCCCGAAGAGUUUGAAAAGAGACGGUUACAACUUGUGUCUCGCGAGACAGAUCCAGGCGCUUUGAAUAAGCCAUUGCCGACAGUGCACCGGACCAAGCCCAAAAUACGAACAAACAAGCUUGGUGUAGUAGUCAAGAAGCGCUUAUAG